AUGGAACAUUUUGGCUUGUCUCAUAUUCUAUACGAGCCAGAUAAAUAUAGUCCAGACACUUUGGACUUACUAGCCGAUGAAGAAGCGAGAGAAUACUGGCUAAAUACAUGCGAAAAGCUCGUAGAAAAAUAUGUUAAUUUCGCAUUAGUUAAUACUGAUGAUCCGACGGUUGAAAUAAGAGCUUUAAAAUUUAAAACGUGUUAUGUAGAAGCGAUAAAGGAGCUUAGAAUUAAUCCACUUGCACAUGGACAAUUAACCAUACGAUUGCUUCUUGACGUCAACGAAACAUGCCUUCGUUCUCAGGGGUUUUUUGACCUAUGGAAACAACAAAAACAGUAUGAAAAUGAAGCUGCAUUAAAUACACUCGCAGCAAGAUUAGUUGAAAUAGAUGCUUUACCUGAUGAUCGUCAAAGGUGGACUGAAUUAUGCAGAGGAGUUCUUGCUGGUAAUAUGUUUGACUGGGGUGCACAAGCAGUAACAUCAAUAUUAAAUUGUGGACUUUAUGAAGCCUUACAAAAAAUUCAGAAAAGGCCUUGGCUAUAUGAUGGCUUAGAUAAAUGGAUUGAGAAACUUGAAAAAACUGUUCAUCAUUGUGCUGCUGUGUUUGUGGAUAACAGUGGUGUUGAUGUAGUAUUAGGGAUAUUGCCAUUUGUACGGGGUUUGUUACUAAGAGGCACAUCAGUUAUUCUCUGUGCUAAUGAAUGGCCUGCUUUGAAUGAUGUUACUAAUGUUGAGUUAGAGGAAGUUCUCCAACGGGCAGCAUUAAUCUGCCCUGUUCUUGCGGCCGCUAUGGCAACAGGAGAUUUAGUAGUUAGAUCCAGUGGACAGAGAGGUCCUUGUCUUGACCUUAGAACAAUUAGUGUGGGUCUUUGUACAGAAAUGAAAAUACGUGGUGUAGACUUAAUAAUAUUGGAAGGCAUGGGAAGAGCUGUACAUACAAAUUUAAAUGCCCGUCUUGCUGUGGAUUCUCUCAAAUUAGCAGUGGUAAAAAAUGCUUGGCUUGCACAGCGUCUUGGUGGUCCACUAUUUUCAGUAAUUUUUAUUUAUGAAGAUAAACCUGCUGAAACAAAU